GAUUGGGUACUCGUAGUGCCGGGAGCUCGAAGGACUCGAGAUGCUCUCGACGGUGAGCGAUGAGCUCUUGUGCCUGCUGGGUGUCAGGGCAAGUCUUUCAUAAGGUGUCUCGCUGGCCUUGGUUUCGCUUUCCCCCCGUCACCCCCAUUCUAUCCUACCCCUCUACCCAACUCCCCUCAUCUGAUCCAUCCAAAGCCUGAACUUUCUACCAAUCUUAAGACCGCUCAAGAUGACCGGUCAUCGACGCAAGGUGCAAGCGCACCAGCCUCCUCAUCGCAGUCCGCCGCUGCCGACGCUCCAUGCUCGUCUUUUGAGCAUGGUGCUUCUCGCGACGAUGGUCUGCGUCUGGGUGUCGACUUCGCCCACGUCGGCGCGCGAUAUCAACCUGCGUGUGUACGGCGCUCAAAAGCGUAGCCCCGACCCCGUUGAGGCCGACACACAAAGCUUUGCGCACAACAAGCGCUACGAUGAGUUCGCUCUCGACGAGAGUCUUGCAAGCAAGGGCAAGCUGGAGCCGAGCACUCUCUCUGGUCGAGUCGAGGUUGGCGCCGCUACAGCGCUCGUCGGCCUUGACAAGCGCUCACCCGAGUCGGAGAACCCCAAACCGUGCGACCCGUGCUGUGCAAAAUCUUGCGCGUACUACAACAAUUGCGACAAUGUGUGUCUCAGGAACCCGACCUGCAAGGUCUGUCAGCCUCCUCCAAAGCCCACCGCAUGGAAGAGUCGCCGCGACAUAUCUAAUCCCCCGCACGCCGACCAGAGCAACGCGGGUCAAGUCUACGACAAGCGCGCCGCCGACGGCCCUUUUGACACCGGCAUCGGUACGUCAAACUCUCUGCAUGAGAGAAGCGCUGCGUCCAGUCCACCGCAAACCGAGCCGGCCGACUCACGCCUCUUUUCCAAGCGCGAGACCGUCGACUUGGUAUCGACCGCCGCUUAUCUCACCGAGCGCAAGACUGGACCAUGCGAGGCUUGUUGCUAUGCCACUUGUGUCGAGAAAGGUACCUGCGACAAGCCAUGCCAUGGUCCUAGCACGUGUAGUGGCUGUCCUGGUUUCAAGUUUCCCCCCGCGUACGCUGAACCGGCUGAUAAGCGAGAAGAGCUUCUUCUAUCGGCACGCGGAGACCUCAAGCACGGAGACGAAAACCACGCCUUGGACUACGUUAAGCGCAAUCGAGCCGACCCUUCUCAUGCGGCAACAGUCAACACUCUCGUACGUCGUGACUUGACCUGCUCCCCUUGUUGUCCCUCGGUCUGCGCAGUCUUUGGCUUGUGCAGCACCACCUGCCAUGGACCGUGCGACUGCGGCGUAGCCAAGCGUCUCAUUCCUGACGAGGUUGUCCACUUUGGCGAUGUCGACGCUCUNNCACGUCGCGACUUGACCUGUUCCCCUUGCUGUCCUUCGGUCUGCGCAGUGUUUGGUUUGUGCAGCACCACCUGCCAUGGACCGUGCGACUGUGGCACCGCCAAACGAUCGGCCAUCUUUGCAGAGAUUGCAUCUCGAGAGCAACACGAUGGAGAUGCCGUUCCGACCCCGGAAAGUGAUUAUCAGGCACACCGCGCUGCUAGUCGCGCCCCUCGUGCUCUCCCGGAGACUUCGACCGCGCCGGGACAUGAAGCCACUUCUCGCACUACGAAGCGGAGCGUCAUCGGUGGCACCGAGCCAAGGAACCUUCAGACAUCCAAUGGUCCAGCCAUCUUGCGGAAGCGCACGUGCAACGACUGUUGCAACGCCAUUUGUAUUCCCAGGAAAAAUUGCAACGAGCACCCAACCUGCGGUCCAGACGACUGCACAGACUGCCCACCGUAUGCAGCGGAAAGAUCCAUCGAAGCGUCGUCCGGCUUCGAUGAUGGAUCCGAAGUAGCCUCGAUCCUGUCACGAGACGACAACACUAGCCGCUUCGAGUCAGUCGACAUCUACCCGCGCGCUGAGGCGAGUCCACUACUGCAAGAGCUUGUGGAUUCGUCUGGUUUCCAGCGCCGCGACGUCCCGCCGCCGCAUCACAACCCGCCCAUUCAUUGCGCCAAAUGUUGCUUCAAGCAAAACUGCGCGCCGUCUACUGAUUGCAGCCAUUGUCCGCACGGACAGCGCCGUGAUACGCAUCUUGGGCUUCCUGCUUUGCACAAGCGUGGCUGUGAUGCUUGCUGCAACGUGCCUUGCGGAUGUGCCGGCAUCAAGAACGCCGAUUGCUCCACCUGCUCGGACAGUCUAAACGGAAUUGCGCCUGCACCUCAAGCAGGAUGCGAGACCAAAGCGUGGCUCAAAAGAAGCCCAUCGACAUCUGCGUCUCCAGAUCCGCCACUCUCCGGCCGCGAACUCAACUCGUUGGCCAGAUUUGAUGUGGACUCACGCGCACAGUCGCCACGACGUGCUGAAGAGGUCAUGGUCAGCCCGUACGAUUGCCCAGCGUGCUGCUCUUCGAAAACGUGCUUUGCAUGCUCAUGCCCCGAGCCUCCAUUGCUGGCGCUUGCUGAGCGCACGGCUGCAUCGCCCCUCACGAUCGACGCGGAUGUGAGCGCACAGCCGCAACGAAGAUCUGAGCAGGUGCUGGUCACCCAGUACGAUUGUCCGGGGUGCUGCAAUGCAGGAAUCUUGUGCUUUGCGUGCCAAUGCAAGCCUCCAGUGUUGUCGCUCGCUGAGCGCACGGCGACGUCGCCGCUCACGAUCGAUGCGGAUGCGGGCACACGUCCACAACAAAGGUCCGAGCUCAUGGAAGGAAGUCCAGAUAUUUGUCCUGCGUGCUGCUUCGAUCCUGGCUUCUGUAACGGCGCCUGCGGGUGUGGUGGGGCUUAUGAACCUCGCUCACUCUCUCUGCCAGGGAUACACUCGGUUGCGAGUAUCGCCGAAUCACCUCGAGCUAGAUCCGCUCACGCCGCUCGUCAGGAACCCAGUACAGCUUACGUAGCCAGCCUAGGCUCGGUGCUCGCAGGCCGAGGAGAGACUGGACACCAUUCGCGUCUUGCGACGAGGGAUGAGAACGACUGUAACACUUGCUGCGGUACGCCUGCAGGGUGUUCGGGCGAUUGCGACUGCAAAACGCCUCCGGUGCUGCAAGAGAUCGCAGCCCGCGUGCCUGCCACGGAGACUGAAAGCACUUCAGUGGCUCAGGCGCAGCCGCGCAGCGAGCUCGCGGCGAUCGAUGCGAACAGCUGUCCUGCGUGCUGCGCCGAUCCAGUCACAUGUGUCGAGUGCGAGUGUCCGCCGCUUCUCCACGCAAAGCUCGCCCACAGAGAGCUCGCGGUUAGGAACAACUGUGCUGCGUGCUGCGCCAAUCCAGACACGUGUUUCGACUGCUGGUGUGAUACCACACCGCCUCUCCACGCCAGACUCGCCCACAGAGCGCUCGCGGUCGCCCCAGUCAUGGACCUCGAGCGACGGGCAGAGCUCGCAAAAGGUGCGGGUAGUGUAAGCACAAGAGAUGGCAGCAAAGACUGUCCUCAGUGUUGCUUGUCUCAGUCGUGCGUACCUGGGACAGUCUGCACGGGCUGUCAGCCGCCCCUCACAAAUGGUCCCGGAGCGCCAUCAAGCAUCUUGAGCGAGCGCGCUGAGGGUCUACAAGCAGCAGACGGUCGGCUCAGUGAGCGUUCUGGAUGUCCGAGCUGUUGUUUGCACAACUCGUGCAGCCCUGGAUAUAGCUGCAGUCCGUCUUGCCUUGGCAACGCGCCCCUACCGCCAUGCAAAAAUUGCUCUGGAAGCGGCGGCGGAGGAUGGCCGCCCCCGCUGCGGCCGCGAGUAACAAAGGAUGUCGGAACUUCAGGGUUAGAACAAACGCUGAGGGAACGAAGCAGCCAUAAUGAAGAAAAGGAAAUUUCAGCACGCGGUCUCCCAGAGUCAGAAAGGAGUUUGACAGGGCGCGCCGAGCGCAGAGUUGCCCAAGACACACCAACUCUAGCGAAGCGCUCUUCGCAGGGUGGUGCAACUUUCUCAAUUGUCUCGGUCGCGUGUCCCACUUGCUGCCUCUUGAAGCUAGAGCCUUGCCCGGUAUGCCCUGUCGACUGCAAGCCGCCUCCUGCACUCUUUACGCGGCGCGCGAUCGAGACCGUCGAGCAGCCGCAAGUGGCAUCAUCUGCCAGUAUCAGCGAGGCGAGCGACGACAUGACCUUGCAUUCUCGUCAAGAGCCCCGGAGCACACAAGAUGUCAGCAUCUUGAAGGAUGUCACCCUGGACGACGUUCCAGAGCACAAAAUUCCAGCACCUUCAACUCGCAGCGAGCUGUCAGCACACAGUGGUGCGCUUCGACGGGAAUUCAACGGGCAGCCAAAGCCAGGAGAAGAGCUGAAUUGCUGGUAUUGCUGUCCAAGCGAAUGCGCCAAGCACAACGCCUGCGCCACGCCGUGCAGCAAUCAGGCGACGCAAUGCAACGGCUGCGGAAAGCUGCCGGGCCAUCCACCCGUCAAGCGAAGCGUGGUCGAGGUCGAUGGCGCCAUCGGCGCAGCGACACACAAGCGCGACACGCAAGAAAGAUCGAUACUUGUCCACGCCCCUACAUUGGACAGACGAGGAGAAAAGUUUCAGAGGUGUGAUAACUGCUGCCCUAAAAAAUGCGGCGCCACUCGCGGUGGCUGCAUCAGGCCGUGCAAUGACGAAGGUGUGCAGUGCAAUGGCUGCUACGGCCACCUCGUCUUGCCUUCUUCGCGCAAACGAAGCGAGAAUGACGUCGAGCGCGCCAUCGGCACAGCGCCAAGUAAGCGUGACAUGGACGAGGGUCUCACGCAAAGCCAUGCUCUUACAUUAGAAAAGCGACUUAAACAGAUAGUCAGAUGCGACAAUUGCUGCCCUAUCAAAUGCGCCGCGACGGGCAGCUGCGGCACGCCAUGCAGCAACGUAUUGGUUCAGUGCAACAAUUGCCCCGGACCGAUCAUCUACGGCCCUCCGGCAAUGCUCGGCAUCCAACACACCGAUAGCUCGACAGAGCAGUCAACAAUGCCUCUUGUCGCUCGGAGCCACACCAGUGAUGCGACUCGAAGCGUAAGCAUGGGUACAGCCCUUCUCAAACGGCAGCAAUUCGAGUACGUCUGCGCUUUCUGCUGCCCAGCCGUUUGCGCCCAGAAAAAUACGUGCGGCCAGCCGUGCGACCUAAAGACACAGUGUACUGGCUGCCCCGGGGCUGCUGUGCUCACUGCCAGGGCCGGUCUACAAGAUGUAUGGGAGCAGCAUACCAUCUCGUCGGGUUCUGAAAAGCGCGGAUCGGCACACUUGUCUGAUGGUCACCCGUCCAACGCACUGGACAAUAGAGAUGCUUCCCACUUUGCCGUAUACAGCAAAGUCGCGCUUGUGGCGCGCACGCUGCAGGCUGACACGAAGCGCUCUGUGCCCUCGGCUUCAGAGCAUUUGGCUCCAGCCGUGCUUGAAGGACGCUCGCCGGGAUUAGGUCAAAAGCCGGUGCCCUAUCGAUGUGACAAAUGCUGCGAAAGAAAGCAAAAUCCGUGCGGUGGAUGGGGUCAACAUCCAUGUUUGCCUAACCCGUGCGACAGAGCUGUUCAGUGCAGCGGCUGCGGCAGGGCUCCAGGUCCUCCUCCCCGCAAGCGCAACGACGAGUCCGGACCAAAACCUGUCCUCAUUGCUCCAGAGAAAAGGUCCGACGAUGUGACUCCACUCGAAGCAAGAACGUCUCGAUCGUCAACGCUCCUUCAAAAUACGCUUGAAUUGCAACGAAGGUCUCCCGCAAACAACGUUGGAAAGGAAGUGUAUCCCUGCGACAAAUGCUGCAAGAUAAAGCAGAAUCCAUGCGGCGGUCGUGGCCAGUUCCCGUGCAUUCCUAAUCCCUUUCCUUGUGAUCGCGCAAAGCAGUGCACUGGUUGCGGCAAGCCUCCACCCAUUAUAGGACAACCCCCAAAGGCGAAGCGCGACUCUGCGCGCGAUCUUCGCACACUGCAAGAGAGAAAAGACGUCCCCGCAGACGCGUCGCCCGAGAAGCGAUCCAACGAGGGAGACCAUCUCGAGAAGAAGUCUGAGCAUCAGUCGACGCCUCAUCGCAACCCACUAGAAUGGCAACGAAGGUCGCCUGCAAACCGUGUUGGAAAAGAAGUGCAGCGCUGCGACAAGUGCUGCAACAUAAAACAAAAUCCCUGCGGCGGUCGCGGUCAAGUCCCAUGCAUUCAUAAUCCAUUUCCUUGUGAUCGUGCAAAACAGUGCACUGGAUGCGGCAAGGCCCCUCCUAUCAUCGGACAACCUCCAAGGACGAAGCGGGACGCGACGCUUGAUCAGCCAGUCGUGCCGCAAAGAGCUAGCCGAGGUGUCAAACAACCCUUGGCCGCUGGAAGCCCUGCACCUGCGCUUCAAACGAGGACAAGCGAUGCAGCAAAGUCGGCUGUUGAUCGAUUGGAGAUGCACCGACGAUCCCCCGCAGGCGGAGCGGUGCCCGUAUUCCGCUGCGAUAAAUGCUGCACCGGGAAUUGCACCGGAGGUCCCGGCACUCCCAUUCCUUGCCCACCGUGCAAUCGUCCUGUCCAGUGUCCGAGCUGCGGUGGUUCAGUCUAAAUCGUCAGGAUCAACCUGGUCGUCGGCUUUUUCUUUGUUGGCGCUC